AUGAAGUUCUUAACUACCAACUUUCUAAAAUGUUCCGUUAAGGCCUGUGACACCAGCAACGACAACUUCCCCCUACAGUACGACGGCAGCAAAUGCCAAUUGGUGCAGGAUGAAUCUAUUGAAUUCAAUCCUGAAUUCCUUCUGAACAUUGUCGACCGUGUGGACUGGCCUGCUGUGCUCACGGUUGCUGGUGAAUUGGGAAACAAUGCCUUACCUCCUACCAAACCCUCCUUCCCAUCGUCAAUCGAGGAACUCACCGAUGACGACAUGGCCAUCCUAAAUGAUUUGCAUACCCUACUGCUGCAGACGUCCAUCGCUGAAGGUGAAAUGAAGUGUAGGAAUUGUGGCCAUAUCUAUUACAUCAAGAACGGUAUUCCAAACUUGCUUUUACCUCCGCACCUGGUAUAA